UUAUCAAUUAAUAUACAAUACUGUAUACACUAACUAAACACACUAUGUUUGAUAAAUUAUUAUUAUUGUGUUUAAUAUUAUUUCAUUGUAUAAUAAUUUCAAAAUCCAAUAUAUCAUUGGAUGAAAAGAUUAUCGGUGGCAGACCAUCAUAUAUACAACAGUUCCCAUAUCUAGCACUGUUGGGAAUUACAAUAUCAAAAGAUGAGUAUUGUGGUGGCACUAUCAUUGGUAAAUAUUGGGUACUAACCGCUGCCCAUUGUGUAUAUGAUAAAAGUACAAACUAUAUAGCUAGACCGGAUCAGAUUAGAGUUAUUGUUGGCAGAUCUACGUUUAGCGGUUUUGAUGGCCAAGAGUAUCAGGUCCAACAGGUGAUUGUCAAUGAACAAUAUAGUUACGAUCCAGCAUGCACAAACGAUAUAGCCCUACUUCAGAUUACCCAACCAUUUGUAUUUAGUAAUACGGUUACCACUACUAGAUUAGCCAGUGGUCAGGUAGCUGAUGGAACCUGGGGUAUGGUUAUGGGAUGGGGUCAAUUGGCUAAUGGACAAACUGGUGAACAAUUGCAAUCAGUACCAACCAGAACAUUCAAUAUAGAUAAGUGCCAGCAAAUAUGGGAUGUACCUAGUUCAAAUAUAUGCACAUUGAACAGUCCAGGACGUGGCAUAUGUUUUGGUGAUUCAGGUGGACCAUUAAUGAUAAAUGGUGUACAAUAUGGAAUAGCUUGUGGUGUACCGGUUCCCUGUGCUGACGGACGACCCGAUAUAUUCACUAGUAUUCCUGUAUAUCGCUCAUGGAUUCAACAAAAAACAGGAAUUUAAUGUUUAAUUUAAUAAUAU